CGCCCAUAUGAAGUUGACAAUAAGGAAUCUACAAUAUGGCGACUUUGGCAACUAUCGAUGCAUUUCAAAGAAUUCAUUGGGUGAAACGGAAGGUUCCAUACGUGUUUAUGAAAUUCCUUUACCAUCGACGCCAUCAAAACAAGUUACUCAUACAACAGUUGAGACUAGAGAAAAUAACAUAAUACCACUACGUAAUGAUACUACAAAAGCUAUGCAAGCUGAACUGUUUCCAGGACUGAAGCCUGAGUUAUUGAACGGAAUUGCAACGUCUUCGUCAUCACAAUCUGCCACAGCUUCAAUGUCGGCCGCUGCUGGUAACAGUCUUUCCGCUCUAGGUGCUGCAGGAAAUGCUAUAGACCGUAAAGGGUCAUUAGCGAUAGGCAAAAGUAUGUUUUAUACUGAAUAUCCACCAAAGGAAUAUGGCAGAUCAACAGCCAAUUCUUUAACAAAAUCAACUGCAGGCGCAACAAUGUCACUCAUCUUUCUACUACUAAGAAACCAAUUAUAAAAUUUUUAAGAUAUUAUAUUUUCAGUCAAAUGGGUGAGGGUAUAUGCGGGGUAAGUUUAUAUUUUGUUUAAAACAAAUAAUUAUUAAAAUUAUGU